AUGUCAACAAUAUCCAAGUCAGAGUCCAUUGACCCAUUGGAUGUACAAGAGACACAAAACGACAGUACUUCCAAUCUGGAAGAACAACAACCACUCCACGACAACAAAGACGCUGGUGAUGGGAAUUCGCCGCGACCAGGUGGUUUUGCUGGAGCAGUAUUGGCGAAAGAGCAAUCAGCCCGUAGAGAGUCCACCAAGCCAAGACAACUGGUUGGCUCAAUCAAGCUUACAUUCCAAGAGCGUUUGAGCGAGUAUAAACACGCAGCGCCGAAAUUCAUAUGGGCUUAUGUCCAAGUGUUUUGCAUCUACGUUGGCUUUUUGAGUCUCUAUUGGGGUACUUUGUACAAGCGACAGGAUAGGUUUCAAAAUGUCGACAUGUUGAUUGUCAAUGAAGAUUCAUCUUUUGCGGUUAAUGGAACCCAGAUACAGCCAUACAUAUCGAACGAGUUCAUUGGCCUCAUACAAGGGCCAGUAUUCAGUCGCUUGGGCAAUUAUAAGGUUGCAAAUACAACCGAGUUUCGUAAUUUGGCGGACUCUCACAACAAUACGCUAUACGAAGAGCUCGUGAGACAAAUACAUCAUCAGAAAUAUUGGCUGGGCUUUUAUAUUAAACCAAAUGCAACACAGCUCAUUUACGAAAGUUUUACGUCAGGUAAUGCAACUUACAUGACGCUGGGGCAGAUUAAUCAAACAGUCACAGCGGUAUACGAGAGCGGGCGCCACUUUUCAGCGUUGAACCAGUAUUUUAUAAGAAACUUGAAUGCUGUUGCAUUUGGUUGGAAUACUCGGCUCAGUAAUGUAGUGUAUCCCGAGAUUAUCCGGUCUUUAUCGCCUACUCAACAACAAAAUCUACUUCAAAACACAUCGAUUCCAGUGUUUACGACAUUUCCUAUUCUCAAUUUUGUUGACAACAGAUCAUCAUCAAAUUCAGCGAUUCUAGGUCCUUCAGAGUUGGGUCUCAUUUACGCGCUAUUGUUUUCCUUCAACCAGUUCAACUUCUCAUUGGAGAUCUACAGAAUAAUGAGGGAGAGACUAAAAUACCGCUCAUACGUGUUUUACCGCGUAAUUGUAUCACAAUUGAAUGCGCUAUUAUUAGCAUUGGUUUACGGGUUGAUGACAAUUGCAUUGAAAAUUCCUACAGAAGCUGCAUUUGGCCAUGCUGGAUUUGUUGUACUCUGGAUGUUUAUGUACCUAUACCUUAGUGCAGUGGGAGUUAUAAAUGAAGUUGUGGUGCUGAUAAUUAUGGCCUUUGAGCAGCAGAUUUUGAUGGCGCCGUGGAUGAUUUUCAACAUUGUCUCCAACAUCUCAGCAACGUUUGCUCCCUUUGUCUUGAUGCCUGGGUUUUACAAGUUUGGGUAUGCCAUGCCAAUGUACAAUAUUUACGAAGCAUUGAAGGUGGUAUUUUUUGACACUUGGAAGGGACAUUUGGGGAGAAACUUGGGGGUGUUGAUCAUUUGGAUAGUUGUGGGUAACGUCUUGUUGGUACUUGUAUCGAACUGGGCAGUCAAACGGGCCAGGAAGAAGCAGGCGUUGAAAUCGUGA